UCCAACACAACAUCCGGUCUGUCCUGAGUCUUUUUCCUGUCAGCUAACGCGGAGCUCAUAAAUUGUGCUGUUUAACAACGUUUCAAAAUUUAUUUAUUUAACUUACAGAGCGGUGUAGGAAAUACUUCACAAAUAUGGCAGACGCGAUUCAAAAGAAACUAAAAGCAGAAUUGGAAAAAUAUACACAAUUACAGAAAGAUGUUAGUAAAAGCAUGUCAUCCAGACAGAAGCUAGAAACUCAGCUGACGGAGAACAAAAUUGUUAAAGAGGAGCUCGAUCUGCUGGACAGCGCAAACACUGUUUAUAAACUUAUUGGACCAGUUUUAGUGAAACAAGAUUUGGAUGAGGCCAAAGCUACUGUUGGAAAAAGACUGGAGUACAUCACCGGAGAACUUCAAAGAUACGAGACGCUCCUGAAAGACAUGGAGAAGAAGUCUGAACAGCAUCGAGAGGUCCUGACCAGCCUACAGCAGGACUUUCAGAAAGCUCAAGGCCUUGCUGUGGGAAACUGAUUGUCAUUUUCACACGCAGCAGAGCAGAGGGUGAUGAAAUAUAAAUCUACGACACAAGCUGCUGUGUCUCGUCAGUAAUUUACAGUGUCAGGACAGUGACUCUUCUGUUCUUAUAAUAAACCUGGUGUUUUUCAUGAA